AUUUUUAACCGUCCUGCUUUUCUGUAGGAUUACGGAUUUUUUUAUUUUUAUUUGAAUUGUUUUAUUAUUGAAUUGUUUUAUGAAGGUAAAGAAUAAACUUUCACUUUUCCAUAGUCUACGCGACUAUCGGUAGUGACGUCAGCUCAUGAAAUUUGUAACACACGGUGGCAAGAUGGCUACGGAACCAAAUAAGACCGAAAUCCUGACGAUUUUCAAAAGAUUACGAUCAGUUCCCACGAACAAGGUUUGUUUCGACUGUGCAGCCAAAAACCCGAGCUGGGCCAGCAUCUCGUAUGGCGUUUUCCUGUGCAUCGACUGCUCCGGCAUCCAUCGCUCACUGGGAGUCCAUCUCAGCUUCAUCAGAUCCACAGAAUUAGACUCCAACUGGAACUGGUUUCAGCUCAGAUGUAUGCAGGUUGGAGGGAAUGCCAACGCAACGGCCUUCUUCCGUCAGCAUGGCUGCUCCACCAACGACACUAACAGCAAGUACAACAGCCGUGCUGCCCAGAUGUACAGGGAGAAGAUUCGGCAGCUGGCAAAUGCAGCAUUGUCCAAAUAUGGCACUCAGCUGUGGAUCGAUUCUUCUGCAGGAGGACCAUCUGCUGCCCCUGAGAAGAAGGACGAUGACUUUUUUGCUGAGCAUUCAAAGUCUGCUAAUGAGUGGAACAUAGCGCCCCCUUCAGAGCAGAAUGGAGCCUCGGUGUCCUCACAGCUGACGGAUACAACGCCUAAAGCCCAGGAUGACGGCCAACCGGAGGAAGGACCCAGCAUCGAUUGUCUGAGCACGUCGCCCCAGGCCUCCAUUGAGGACUCCAUGCGUUUGUCACCACAGAGCGGCCGGACACCUUCAGAUGUGAAGCCUUCCAUCAUUGGGAAAAAGAAGCCCAUGGCUGCUAAAAAAGGGCUUGGUGCAAAGAAAGGUCUCGGUGCACAGAAGGUGAGCAGUAAAAGCUUCUCGGAGGUAGAGAAGCAGGCUCAGGUGGCUGAGAAGCUGAAAGAGGAGCAGGCCACAGAGGCUAAGAAACCAGCAGAGGAGUCCAUAGUGGCCUCCAUGCGACUGGCCUACAAGGAGCUGGAGAUAGACAGGAAGAUGGAGGAAAAGAAGCUCCAGAACCUGGAAGGAAAGAAGAGGGAGCAGGCUGAGAGGCUGGGAAUGGGCUUCGGCAGCAGGAGUGUUGUAUCUCACUCAGUGAUGUCAGAGAUGCAGGUGAUCGAGCAGGAAACACCUGUGGGAGCCAGGUCUUCCUCCCGCUCCAGGCUGGACAUGUUCGAUGAGCCAGGAUUCACUUCUGGACCACCAAAGUACAAGGACAACCCGUUCACAGUUGGAGACACCUUUGGUUCCCUUUGGGACGCUGAUGGGGGAACCGCCUCUUUUACCACCUCCUGGGCUCUGGAGAAGGACGAGCCCAAAGAGGAGGUCACCAUUUCCAGUAUCCAGCCAAUCGGAGAGAGGCUUCCUAGCAGGAGGAAAGCUGAGGUGUCCUCCCCAGUCUCUGAGUCCAGCGAGGCCAGGCAGAAGUUUGCCAACGCGAAGGCCAUCUCCUCAGACAUGUUCUUUGGUCGGGAAAGCAACGCUGAGUAUGAGGCGAAGACGAAGCUGGAGAGUCUGUCCGGCAGCAGCUCCAUCAGCUCAGCCGACCUGUUUGGAGACGGCAGCGACCAUAAAGGCAGGGCGUCGGGCUUCGACAGCGUCCUCCCCUCCGGCCCGGACAUCGCACAGUUCAAGCAGGGAGUGAAAACCGUCGCAGGAAAGAUGGCUGUCCUCGCCAACGGUGUGAUGAACACGAUCCAGGAUCGUUACGGAUCAUACUGAGUACUCAUGGGAAAAACUGACGCCUGUGGAACAAACCAGCCUCCUGACUGACGUGUGCAUUUGGACAGAGGAGACGGGGGAAGAUUUGCAUGGAAAGACGGCGUCCCUGUUGCCUCUCCUCCUCUAGAGACAGUAUUCCCAUCCCUCAUUAGCAGAAUCUGGAGUUUUAUUUUCAUAAACCAUCAGAAAUGUCAGAUCUUUUCUAAAAUAACUGCUGCUCCUGUCCACAACCUGCUGGUCUUAGAUUUUCAACAUGAGUUCUUUAUUUAGAAAUCAAUGUGUUGAUUUUGAUUGAUAACAUUUAAAGUUUUAUUGUGAUGUUUCAUUUUCAGUUCAACAGAAUCCAUCCUGGUUUAAAGCUGCUGACUUUCAGUAGUUUGGUUGUUUUUCUUCUACAUGAAGCACUGAUUUCAGACCAGCCCUGAGCUGAAGGUCCAGCAUCUCUACUCAGACUGAUUCCUGACCUCUGCUCUGCUGAGCUUUUAUUAAAACGGUUAAACAGGGAGCUUAGAUCCAACAAUGGUUUGUGCCUCGAUCAGAGGCAUGCUGCCUCAGCAUGGAGACAUGAGCUGGAGACAUGCUGCCUCCAGCUCAUGGAUCAAGGUUCUGACUAUGCAUCCUCACUUUACAAGCAGGUGUUACUGUCUGAACCUCAGACCCUGUUUCUACAGCUUCUCAUACAAUAUGUUCUUGAUUGAUUUCAGGAUGUGAAUUCAGACCUGUUCAGUAUACUCCCCACAGCUCCAUGGUCUGAGCAGACUUGACUUUCAGCAGAUGUUUGUCAUUUUCUUUGCCACGUCCCGACCUGAGAGUCUCCAAUCACAUGUGGACUGAAAGGAUCAGACUAUUUAUUUGUAGACUACAAAGAACCGUAUUCAGUAUGACAAUAAAGAUGAAAAACCUUCA